GGAAAGCGGAAGCGGCGUGCAGCACGUGGAGGCGGUUCCCGAGGAGACGCAGGUCCCUCCUGGUUGUGCUGGGCUCCUAGCGGCUGUAGCAAGAACGGAGGUUGAAGACUGCCUGGCGUCCAUGGAGUUGUCAGCAGCGGAGCAGCCGAGCCCACAGCCCCCGCAUCUCGGGGACCACUGCAUCCAUGACGGCGACUUCGUGGUACUGAAACGAGAAGAUGUGUUCAAAGCAGUGCAAGUCCAGCGGAGAAAAAAAGUAACUUUUGAAAAACAGUGGUUCUACCUGGAUAACGCCAUUGGCCAUAGUUACGGGUCAACGUUUGAAGUGAGCAGUGGAGGAAGCCUUCAGCUCAGGAAGAAGCUGGAAGAGCCCACAUCAGAGACCAAAGAAGCAGGCACUGAUAAUCGAAAUAUAGUUGAUGAUGGAAAGUCCCAGAAACUUACUCAAGAUGAUAUAAAGGCUCUGAAAGACAAGGGCAUUAAAGGAGAGGAAAUAGUUCAGCAGCUAAUUGAAAAUAGUACAACAUUUCGAGACAAGACAGAAUUUGCUCAAGAUAAAUAUAUUAAAAAGAAGAAGAAAAAAUAUGAAGCCAUCAUUACUAUUUUGAAGCCAUCUACCCGUAUUCUUUCAAUUAUGUAUUAUGCAAGAGAACCUGGAAAAAUUAACCACAUGAGAUAUGAUACACUAGCCCAGAUGUUGACCUUGGGAAAUAUCCGUGCUGGCAAUAAAAUGAUUGUCAUGGAAACGUGUUCAGGCUUGGUGCUAGGUGCCAUGAUGGAACGAAUGGGAGGCUUUGGCUCCAUUAUUCAGCUGUACCCUGGAGAUGGACCUGUUCGGGCAGCAACAGCUUGUUUUGGAUUUCCCAAAUCUUUCCUCAGUGGUCUUCAUGAAUUUCCCCUCAACAAAGUAAAAAGUCUCCUCAAUGGAACAUUUUCUGCUGAAAUGCUAUCCUCAGAGCCUAAAGACAGCACUCCAGUUAAAGAAAGUAAUGGUGAGCUUGAGAAAGAGAUUGCUGAGCAAGCGGAUAAGGACAGCAUUGCAGACGGCCCAGAGAGCAACGCAGAACAGAAUCCAGUGGACAUUGUUCCUGGGGACCCAGAGAGUAAGGAGCCUAAAGAAAAAGGAAGCAAAAGAGAUUAUAUUCAGGAAAAACAGAGGAGACAAGAAGAGCAGAGGAAAAGACAUAUGGAGGCUGCUGCUCUGCUGGGAGAAAGAAAUGCAGAUGGUUUGAUUGUGGCCAGUCGUUUCCACCCCACACCCCUGCUGCUGUCUUUGCUGGACUUUGUAGCCCCAUCAAGGCCGUUUGUGGUCUAUUGUCAGUAUAAAGAGCCUUUGUUGGAAUGCUACACAAAACUGCGGGAGAGAGGAGGAGUCAUUAACUUGAGACUGUCUGAAACCUGGCUCAGAAAUUACCAGGUUCUGCCAGAUCGGAGUCAUCCCAAAUUGUUGAUGAGUGGAGGUGGAGGGUACCUUCUGUCAGGCUUCACUGUUGUCUCGGACAGCCAUCGAGUAGACCCCAGUCUCAAGUCCUGUGCGAGUGCUUUAGACUCACCCAAGACUGAGGAGCCAGCAGCCAAGAAACAGAAAUGCAUGGAAUCUGCCUCUUAACUCUUAGGAGAUCAAUGUUUGUUCCAAGGCCUUCUGCUGCUGGUAAUUAAACUUUAAGUGUCACCACUAAAAUUUUUUCCCUGUCCUAAGAGUAUGUGUGCACCUGUUCCUGGGAAGACGUAAGCCUUUUGUUUGCCUCUGAUGCAGGAGGAUUAGUCAGGGCUGCAACUCUGAUGGGCAGUAAUGGAUUGAUACAGCAGUUGUGUAUCACAGAAGACUCAGUACUUAAAGUAUCUGCAAAUACCUUGGAAAUGUCAACACCUUGAAAAUGUGGAUGUGUAAGUCUUUGUUUAUAUUGUAAGCAAAGAUGAAUACUGUGGACUAGCUAAAACAUGGUGAACAACGAAAGGGAAUUUCCUCUCAUCCCUUUUCUUCCACCUGACCAGUAUGGAUGUGUGAGCCUAUGAGAUUUACAGUACCAAAAAUGUCUACCCUGUGCCCUGCAAUGGAAUAAGCUUUUAUAGACACUAGAUUUUGUUAUUUUAAUAGUUGAGGCCUGAGGAAGAUCCAGGUAUUUCUUUUCCUGCCUCUCCCCUUUUCGGUGCACAGAAAGGUUUGGUGGAUGCUCCUUUGCUGUGAAAGCUUCUCCUUUGUUCUGGAGGAAGUGAUUAAAAUGUCUGUGCUCUAUUAAACAAUUGAUUGUCCCUCUCCAGACACAGACACAGAAACGUGUGUCAGUAUUGGUAUAUAUACAUAUACACAGAUGUAUCUAUGUGUCAGCAUGGCUGGAAUGUGCUGUCUGUGGUGGACAGGGAGAAUGCAUACACCUUUAUUCGAGCUGUGGUAAAGACUUGUGCAGGACAGAGCAGAUAUCGGUGUGUUGCUGUCAUUCCUUGUCAAGUGUGUUUCAAGUGCCUUCUGGGGUUUCUCGCCCUGGUCUGUAAACAUCUGCUGGUGUGAGGUGGGUGUCUGGGGAUGAGGUGGGUGUCUGGGGAUGAGGUGGGUGUCCGGGGAUUUCACGCCCUGCUCUGUAAAGGUCUGCUGGCAUAAGGUAGGUGUCCUUUAUCUCCUCUGAGGGAAGUAUGGUCGGAUGCCUUUACCAUCUCCAUUGUAAGAAAUAGGAAAUGUGUAGAGUUAUGAAGACUUGUCUCCUUGAGAGUCUCAAGUCUUGUUCACUAGGACAUGCACAGUGUUUCUGUCACCAUAGAAUCCUGGCCAGCGUGAAGCAUCUUGAAAGGAAAAAAAAUUGCUCUCCUAAUAGCUUGUGCUGUUUGGAUAAGGCUGCAGUAAAAACUUUGGUUUUUAAUUCCUUUUUCUCUAAACAAUUGCUUUUAAAGAAUAAAAUUUUCCUCCUCUGAGCCAUAAG